AUGGCUAAAGAACUGUACUUUAACCAUGAUGGUUCUGCAAUGAAGAAGCUCCAGGCAGGUGUAGACCUGGUGGCAGAGUUAGUUGGAGUGACAUUGGGGCCAAGGGGAAGGAAUGUUGUGUUGCAGAAUAAGUAUGGACCUCCAAAGAUUGUUAAUGAUGGUGAAACUGUUCUUAAAGAGAUUGAACUGGAAGAUCCAUUGGAGAAUGUGGGAGUAAAAUUAGUGAGACAAGCAGGUGCAAAAACAAAUGAACUUGCUGGGGAUGGUUCCACUACUUCCAUAAUACUUGCACAAGGUCUAAUUGCUGAAGGCAUGAAGGUUGUUGCAGCGGGUAUGAACCCUAUUCAGAUCUCUCGAGGAAUUGAUAAAACUAUGAAGGCCCUUGUUUCUGAACUGAAACAGAUGUCUAGAGAGGUUGAGGAUCAUGAGCUUGCAGAUGUUGCUGCUGUUAGUGCAGGCAAUGAUUAUGCAGUAGGAAACAUGAUAUCUGAUGCUUUUCGAAAAGUAGGAAGACAAGGAGUUGUUACCAUUCAGAAAGGGAACCAUGCUGAGAAUAGUUUGAGUGUUGUCGAAGGGAUGCAGUUUGAUCGCGGCUAUUUGUCUCCUUAUUUUGUUACAGACAGACGGGAGAGGAUCGCUGAGCUCCAUGAUUGCAAGUUGCUUUUGGUUGACAAAAUAAUCACAGACGCAAGGGAGAUGUUUAAGAUUUUGGAUAAUGCAGUUAAGGAGAAUUACCCAAUUUUGAUAGUAGCAGAAGGAAUUGAACAAGAAGCUCUGGCUCCAGUAAUUAGGAACAAGCUCAAAGGUAAUAUAAAGGCUGUUGCUAUCAAAGCUCCUGCCUUCAAUGAGCGGAAGAGCCACUACCUUGAUGACAUUGCUGUCUUGACAGGAGGGACUGUGAUCAGAGAAGCUGCAGGUUUGACACUUGAGAAUGCUCACAAGGGAAUGCUUGGAACUGCAAGUAAGGUGGUAGUAACCAAAGAUUCUACCUUAAUAGUUACAAAUGGGGAAAAUCAAGAGGCUGUUCAGACAAGAGUUUCUCAGAUACAAAGUCUUGUUGAGAAUACAGUUGAAAAAUUCCAGAAGAAAAUUUUGAAUGAGAGGAUAGCAAGAUUGUCAGGGGGAAUAGCUAUCCUUCAGGUGGGAGCACAAACACAAGUCGAAAUGAAGGACAAACAACUCAGAAUGGAAGAUGCAUUAAAUGCAACUAAGGCAGCCAUUGAGGAAGGAGUAGUUGUCGGAGGCGGCUGCUGCCUUCUGAGACUUUCAGAAAAGGUGGAAACGAUCAAAAGCCAAUUAGACAACGAGGAGCAAAAGAUUGGAGCUGAUAUUCUUAAAAGGGCACUAGCAUAUCCUCUAAGACAGAUAGCAAAGAAUGCUGGUGUCAAUGGAAAUUUUGUCAUGGAGAAGGUCCUGUCUGUAGAUAAUGUAGGGUAUGGUUACAAUGCUGCCAAAAACGAGUAUGAGGAUUUGAUGGCUGCCAGGAUAUUGGAUCCAUCAAAGGUUGUUCGAUGUUGCCUGGAACAUGCAGCAUCGGUCGCCAAUACUUUCCUAACGUCUAAUGCUGUUGUAAUUGACAUCAAGGACCCCAUGCCGAGUAGCCUCCCCAGGAGACGAAUGCCACGAAUGCCAAUGCCAAUGCCAAUGCCAAUGCCAACCUCUGGAAUUGGACCAUCAGGCGCUUCCGCAGAAAUGGGACCAUUAGGGGCUUCCGCAUUGGUGUAA